AUAAGACAAGCGAGCUAGCUUAACUAAGAGCGCUAAUGUGGACUAGCCUGCGCUGCGGUGAAGCUCAGUCAGGACAGCUGGUGAAUUUACCUGCGAGAUAAGCCUUUCAGCUGGCAUUAGACUUUAUUAAUAUUAAUAUGUUCUAAUUAAAGGGGCUAGGAGGAUCACUUCUGCCUUUUAUUAUCGUUCUCACGUGUACAGUAAGGGAGCCAAACCCUGAAAGAUGGGGGAGUAUGAGAGCGAUGGUCGGGGCCGGGUCACGGUGUACUCCAUCCAGGGCUGCCCACACUGCAUGCAGGCUAAGGCCACCCUCGGGCGCUUUGGAGUACCAGUGUGUGACGUGGACAUCGGUGUUCAUCCUGAGCUGAGAGGGCGGGUGAAGGAGCUGACAGGACGCAGCACAGUCCCUCAGAUCUUCUUUAACAACGUUCACAUCGGGGGUAAUGAUGAUCUGCAGAAAUUGGCUCCUGAAGAGCUUCAGAGGUUGGUGAGUCUGGUUAAGGAGGAGCCUCUUCCAGCAGAUGCUCACCCGUUACCAGAAGGAAUCAGUCAGAGGAACACAGCUGGAGAGACUGAUGGAGAGUUUAUGUGUGAGAAAGAUGAGUUGGCGGACCUGGUAGAGGACCUCAAACAUGGCAGUGUGAUUGGCUGCCAUAGGAAAGGACUGACUUUACACAAAAAGAGCUUCACAGGCAAUGAGCUGGUUGACUGGCUGCAAAAAGAUAAGGGCAUGGCCAGGGCUGAGGCCUGUAAAACAGGUCAAGCAUUGUUGCAGAAGAAGUACAUGGUCAGUGUGAAUGGCAGUGGGCAACAAGACGGCAGUUUUGGCGAAGGAAAAGACGCCAUGGACACACUGUACAGGCUACUGGAGGACGACCCUCAUUCAGCUCUCAACGCAGGACAGACUGCGAGCUGCAGUCCCAUACAGGCUGCUGAGCUCUCUUUGCUUUUACGGGACAUGAUUCUGAAAUUGUUCUCUGAGCAUCUCUCUGCCGAUGGCAAGUCUGUGGACUACAAAGGCAUGUCAAUGAACCCUGCGUUUGAGCGUUACUGUGAGCUCGCCAUUCAGCUGCAGAGGGUGGAGCUGCUCUCUCUGAGCCGGGAGGAGAAACUGGCCUUCUUCAUCAACAUCUACAAUGCCUUAGUCAUCCAUGGGAACCUUCGUCUCGGGGCCCCCACCAACAUGUGGCAAAGAUACAGAUUCUUCAACUAUGUGAGCUACCUGAUUGGAGGAGAAGUGUUCACAUUACAAGACAUUGAGAACGGCGUUCUGAGAGGGAACAGAAAAGGAAUCGCACAGCUUCGACGGCCAUUCUCCAAAACAGACCCUCGACUCCAGAUGGCGCUUCCAGACGCUGAGCCGCUCAUUCACUUUGCCUUGAACUGCGGUGCAAAAGGCUGCCCGCCUAUUAAAACAUACACUCCCCAGGACAUUGACAGCCAGCUCCGCACAGCAGCCGAGGCCUUCCUGGAGAAUGACGACGGCUGCGUGGUAGAUUCUGGGAAAAAAGAAGUGCGACUCAGUCAGAUAUUCAAGUGGUACAAGGCUGACUUUGGAGGCACUGAUGAGAAGCUGCUGAACUGGGUGCUGGAACACAUGAGCGAAUCCCCGAAGAAGACCAGCCUGCAGGGCGUCCUCUCUGCUGGGAAGACCAAAGUCAGCUUCCUCCCUUACGACUGGAGCGUCAACAGCAGCCACUGAGCAUGCAAACGCAUACACGCCGGGCUAUAUGCUACGUUUCUUUGCAUCUAUCCACUUUCUACUGAGCUACAUCUAUUUGAAACCACAUGUCUGGUGAUGGAGUGCGCAACAAAUGAAGUCCAAGCAAAAAAAAAAAAACCCAACAAAACAAAAUAAGUUCCAGAGGUGAGGGGAAACAUUUGCACUGUAUCAUCGAAUCGUACUUCUCCUGAAGGCUUAUUCAAUUUUUAAAGUCCUAUUGUAAGCCCCUACACCCAUAUUUGGAUGCUAUAUAUAUAUAUAAGUAGUACAUCAACAACAAAGUAAUUUGUGUGCAAAAAAAUUAGCAUAAUAAAUAGAAUAAAACAGGACAUUAAACAUAUUACAUAAUUAACUUCAAUCCUCAUUUUUCCUCCAUGCUCUCCAGUCUAUCAGCAACUCAGGAGUCAUAGAUUAUUGUGAUCAUCUUAUCCAACACUGGUUGGUUCAUUCAUGUAGAGCAUUUAACUGCAGCAGAUGGAGAGGAUAACUUGGCGUAUCCAAGCGCACAGCCUUGACAAGCCAUAUCAAACCCCUAUGAACUUCCAACUCAUUCAUGUGUAGCGAGCUUCAGAUUUUUAGUCGUUCAAACAGCAUUUUUAACCCACUGGUGUUGCGUUAAAUGGAAAAGACAGUAAAAGCUAAACAUUAGUAAACAAUCUGUGAUCUGGGUUUACUGUCGGCCACUUUUCCUUUGGACAAAUCAAAUCUGGUUAGCUGCUGCUAUCUUCCCGUUUGAUCGACUGCAAGUACAGUGAUUCAGUCACUGAAUUUUAAAAGAACAGCAGCAUUGUGUUUGUUUAGAACCCACAUAAAAUUACAGAUGUCUUUUUCAGUUUUUAUUCCCACCCCCCUACGUGGAUGCUCAACCAUCUUUUUUGAUCCAAGUCUUCCACUGUAAAUUGAAAAAGUGCUACUGCUGUGUUUUAAGCACAGCAAUUUAGUAAGAAAAAUACUACUAUUGUGAAUUAUCAAAGUAUUUAUCAGAACUACACCCAUUUGGGAUGCACUCUGACACUUUGCAUGUUUACCGCCAACUUUGAAUGCUAUUGAGAUGUGUUUGUACUUUUUUCACAAUUGUUCAUCUAUAUGUGAAUAAUGUGCUGCGUUCAUCCAGCUAUUUAUUCCAGCAUGUCUGCAGAAACAAAGAGAAAAUCUCAGUCAUAUCCAGUCUACAUUUCCAGAUCAGUUGGUCAUUAUUACAGUAAGUAGAGGAGUUUUGAUUUGUUGUUUCCAUCCGAACAGGUUUACAAAACAUCGUGUCACUGAAAUUUAUUUUACCUGGCCUUAACUGUUUUUAAGAUACAUCAUUAUACAUUUUCCGGUGCGUUUCUCACCAAUUAAGUGUAUAUAAUGUGUUAGGUGUUUUCAUUAUUUUGGAUUUUAUCUCAGGUCAAGCCAGUUUUCAGGUCGUUUGAUGUCCUCCGUGCACUGUAAGCCGCAUGUUGUUUUCUAAUCAGUCUCCGCUCAUGUUGCACUGUCUGUAUUUAUGUGCAGAAACAUUGUCAUGCAUUUGAAUUCUGCACAUUACUGUAAAUGUUUGAGUUUUUUUGUCUUAAAGCUACAAGCAGCACCAAAGCAAACGGUUAAAUUAGCAUGCAUCAGAGCUGGAAUGCAAUCGCUGCAUGAGAUACUGGAAAACCCUUCGAUCUUGAAUGCUGGCCUGUAGCAGGACUGCUCCUUUGUCACUGCUUUGUUCUUAGCCUGUAAGCUUAGCCAUAAGAAAUAGUUGGACCUAAAGUGUCAUUUAAACCUGAUAUCAGAAUACAGUAGUUUCACAUUUCUUAGUCAGUUAAACCGAUAACUUAAUUGUACAGAUAUAUUCUUUGAAAACAAACCUUUAGCUACAAAGUGCACCUUUGAUUUUACUAUACUGAGCUCUACUAUUAAGUGAGAGUAAGAAGGAAAGACACUCUGUGGACUAAAGUGAACAGAACAAAAGGAUUAUAUUUAUGUAUAUUGAUGCUCCCUGUACUUUUUCAAAAAAAAAAUUACCUCAUGUAUCAGGAAGAUGUGAUGCAAAAACUUUUUUAAACAAGCAAUUCUAAUAUAAUCAUUCUAUUUCCCUCUUUCCUGGGGUUAAGCAAUAUGUUCAUGACUAGUAAAUAUGCAACGCUGAAUUAAAACUAUAUAUUGA